AUGGUUUUCUCUCAUUUUGAUAUAAUAAAACACAUAUUAUCCAAGCCUAUUUUGCACAGUCGAAUUGGUAAAUGGUCUUUAGCCUUAACCGAAUAUUCGCUCACGUAUGUCCCAUUGAAAGCAAUUAAGGGGCAAGCAGUAGCUGAUUUCUUAGCAGAUCAUACUCUGCCUAAAGAAAUAAAUUAUGUAGGAUUACAGCCUUGGAAGUUGUUUUUCGAUGGCUCAAGCCAUAAGCAAGGAUCGAGAAUUGGAAUGUUUAUAGUAUCCCCACAAGGCAUCCCAACCAAAUUCAUGUUUCGAAUUCAAGAAAGUUGUUCUAAUAACGAAACUGAAUAUGAAGCCUUAGUCUCUGGCCUCGAGAUACUGUUGGCCUUGGGGGCAAAAAACGUCGAGAUUAAAGGUGAUUCAGAAUUGGUAGUAAAACAGCUUACCAUAGAGUAUAAAUGCGUUAGUGAAAACUUGGCAAAAUAUUACGUGACAGUUAUGGGUUUACUAGCCAAUUUUGACCAAGCAGGAAUCAGCUACGUGCCUAGGGUGAGCAAUCAAGAGGCCAAUGAGUUAGCACAAAUCGCUUCUGGAUACAUGGUAGAUAAGAAGAAGUUGAAGGAAUUGAUCAAGAUCAAGGAAAAGCUGAGUCCUUUGGAUCUCGACAUUAUGACUAUUGAUAGCCUCACGCCUGGUGAUUGGAGGAAACCUAUUGUUGAGAAUCUGCAAAACCCCAUAGGAUCAACCGACAGAAAAAUUAAGUACAGGGCCCUAAAUUACACCAUCAUAGGCAAUGAAUUGUUUAAGAAGAACGUCGAUGGAACAUUGCUAAAAUGUUUAAGCAACGAUGAUGCGUUUGUAGCCAUUUCUGCUGUGCAUGAUGGUUUAUGUGGGGCACACCAAGCGGGAGCAAAAAUGAAAUGGAUUCUUUUCAGACAAGGAAUGUACUGCUCAACUAUCAUGAAGGACUGCAUCGAAUAUGCAAAAGGUUGUCAGGAUUGCCAUAAGCACUCAGGAGUCCAACAUGUGCCAGCUAGUGAGUUACACUCCAUUAUCAAGCCAUGGCCAUUUAGGGGUUGGGCUAUAAAUCUAAUUGGCGAGAUACAUCCUGCCUCAUCGAGGCAGCACAAGUAUAUAAUUGUGGCAAUAGAUUAUUUUACCAAAUGGGUCGAAGCCAUUCCACUGCAAAAUGUGACCCAGGAAACGGUAAUCGAAUUCAUACAAAAUCACAUUGUGUAUCGAUUUGGGUUGCCUGAAUCGCUUACAACGGACCAAGGGACAGUGUUCGUAGGACGAAAAGUAGCAGCUUUCGCAGAAUCUUAG